AUGAAGCAACAUCGUGAGUAUAUGAAAAAGUACAAGAUGCAAUCAUGGGAUCUAGAGAAACAGGAAGUAUAUUAUAAAGACCAUUAUGAACUAUUAGGUGUUGAACGUAAUGCAACACAUACAGAAAUCCGUCGAGCUUACCGGAAAUUAGCACUUGAGUGUCAUCCAGACAGAAAGCCAAGUUCAGAGGCACUAGCACGAUGGGAAGGUGUGCCAAUUGCUUACGCAAUGUUGUCAAACCCGAAUGACCGCGCGAAGUACGAUGCUACACUUCCGACGCGUGAUGCACUUGUGGAAUUUUACCGAACUUAUAAUCCAGUCAAGCUAAACAAUGCUACCAUUCAAACCAUUAUUGAUGGCUGGUAUGGCCGUGAAGUGGAGCUCUUUGAGAUGCUCAAUGCUAAAUACGAGGUAAAACCACACCAAGGAACUGAGAAGGGCACUCAGUGUGCAUCCAUGGCGUCGGUCUCGCGUGAAAAGGCACACAAGAUUGCGAUGGAUAGCCAGAUGUACAUAGCAAAGGACGCUGGAAACGCCAAGAUUACUUGGACACAUACCAUUGGAUCUGUUCUUUGCUGCAAGGGCGUGCUUUCGCGCAUGUUUGGCUCUUCCUACUACGAGGUGGAAACCACGAGCCCGGGCUUCGUGAGGGCUCAUGGUGCUUCAGACACGCCUGGUCAGACCAUGCCUAUGACUUUGGAAUCCCCUGCGACCCCAUCGCAGUUGUCAGCGCCUGUAAGCCCAGGUUUUAACCCGGCUGUUGACAUGGAAAACUCGUAUAUGACAUCGAGUUCCGACGAAACGGAUGACGAAAGUUGCCGCACAAAGACAGGAGAUACUUUACCACUGAGCUCACGAGCCUUACAGUCAACUGUUGCUGCUGCUAGCUAA